GCCGGGAAGAAAAGCGGGCGGAGUGGAGGCGGAGAGUGACGAAAGCCAGGGCGGUGAGCCGACCUUAACUGCGGAGGGCUUGUCUCGACCGCCCGAUGUCAAGACGGUGUUUGUGUCCAGUUCGAAACUGCAGAACAGAGGGGUCUUUGAGAAUCGUUGAUCUUUCAAUUAGCUUGGAGUAAACCCUGCUCAGUGUCUUGUUAGUUGUUGAAGGUAUCCACGCCACGGAAUAGGACAUCCUGUCCCGGAGACAUCGCACACAAGCGAAUUUCAUACCGUUCGUCGCAAAUCUACAAUGGCACCACAUCUCGGCCACGAGGAGUUCUUCUCCUCCCUCGCCGACCUCCUGUCCAAGACCUCCCAGAAAGCCCGAGGCUCCGUCUUCCUCACUCAGAAGCCUCUCAUUGACACUACCGCAUCGUCAGAGAACGCCUCCUCAUCGCGGCCAUCUAUCCUCAUCCGAGCAACAGACGGCAACACCAACGCUCCCAACCCGAAGAACAACAAGGUCGAGAAGAAGAAGACCGUCUCGAAAGUGAAGCUGUCGACGAUAGUGGCGCCGGAGGACCUCGAGGCCUUCUAUACCCGCUAUGCAGAGGUCUGCAAGGCGGGGAUGACGGGAUUGAAGAAGAGAGACCGUAAGAAGGGCAAGGCUAAGGCGAAGGGCGGCGCGAAGGCUGCUAAGGCUUAGACAUACGGAUCGACACUUUGAUGGGGGCAUGAUUUGAUGACCUGUGGAGGGAAGAGACUUGCUCUGUACGCAAUGGGGCCUGGAAGUACGGACUGUGACGGGCGAAGUUUCUGAGAUCGGUCCUGUUUGUUCUUUGCAUUGAUGGCGUUGUCUGGUCAUUUUACUUUACGUUUCUAUUUUCUUUUGCUUGUUCGUUUCAUGUUGAUAUGUUAGAUAUACAUAUACCUAGACCGGUUGGUGAGCCGUGGACCUGGACCGAAUGGAGGAAUGAUUCCGAAUGAACAAUUCAAUC